AUGAAUUCAUUGGAGCGACCAAUAGUAAGUGGAACGGGCCCAGCACCGAAUCAGGCCGGCACUGUAACAUUCAGGCGCGGCCUGUGGUCAGAGCCCGUAAACCACAGCGAGGGCCCUUGGACGGAAGUUGUGGCAUCGAAGAUGCCGAUGGUGUCAUCAAAAGCCAGAGACCUUGCUGGAACCGAGUACAUCCAGCGCCAUGACAACGUGGCAAAAAUCGUACACCAAGAGCUGGCAGUAAAAGUUAAGGAGACAGAACCCUACUAG